AUGAGUUCAAAUCAAAGGCAUAAUAUGCCUAAAGGUAUUGCUGACGAGGAAUACCUAGAAAAGUUGGAAAGUAAUAUUCACGAUAAUAAUCAUGAUAAUUAUCAUAAGUCAUUUAAACCUAAUAAACACAAAUCAUUGUACUCGAGGAUUGAAUCACAAUUUAGAAACGCAUUGAAAGUGACACAAGAAAUUUGUGCCAGGCAUAAAAAGCUUGUAAUCGUAUUGAUUACUUUGGCUUGUUUAUCUCUUUUUACAUCAACUCCAUUUAUUCCUCAUUUGAGGUCAAAAGACCCAAAAGUAGUGAUAAUAUUAGCAGCGAACGAAGGCGGAGGUGUUUUGAAAUGGAAAGGGCCUCAAGAGUGGUCGGUGGAAAGAUCUUCUAUUGCAAAUAAAAAGCAUUACGCUAAAGUUCAUGGUUAUGGUUUAACCAUCAAAGAUAUGACACUUAAAAAAAGGUAUUCUCAUGAGUGGAGAGAGUCGUGGGAGAAGGUGGACAUAAUGAAGCAAGUGAUGAGACAAUUUCCCGGUACCGAGUGGUUUUGGUGGUUAGAUUUACAUACAUAUAUUAUGGAACCACAAAUAUCAUUAGAGAAGCAUUUCUUGGAUAACUUAGAAAAUGCAACUUACAGGUCGUUAGAAACGUUUAACCCUCUCAACCUCCCAGUUGAUUUACCCUAUGUCGAUUAUAAUAGCCCUAUUGACAUGAUUAUUACGCAAGAUUGUGGUGGAUUUAAUUUAGGCUCAUUUAUGUUAAGAAGAUCUGCGUGGUCUGAAAUGCUAUUAGACUUUUGGUGGGACCCUGCUAUGUAUGAGCAAAUGCACAUGGCUUGGGAGCACAAUGAGCAAGAUGCCUUGGAAACGUUAUAUACAACCCAAUCCUGGAUAAGAGAAAGAAUCGGGUUCCUUCCUUUAAGAAAAAUUAACGCCUUCCCACCGGGAGCAUGUUCUGAAUUCUCAAAUGACCCUAGAUAUUUCUACAAGGAGCGUGAUUUUGUUAUUAAUAUGGCUGGUUGUGAAUGGGGAAGAGACUGUUGGAGUGAAAUGGAACAUUUUAAGGCGUUAUCCAAGAGACUCCAUAAAAGAUGGUGGAAAUUUUGGUAA